GACAUCACUGAUGUAUACACAUCAAUAAAUCGGGCUAGGGCUGGAUCCUGGAUCAGUGGAUCAGAAGGUUACAAAAAAUCUUGUUUACAGUCUACGUGUUCGUUUUGUUGAAAGUAUUACAAGCUGAAAUUUACCGGAAUAGUUCAGUACCAGUUAUUAUAGACACAUUAUGCUUGCUUAGACAAUUUAUAAAAUGUUUGCAUCUUUGAAGAACAAAAUACGAGAAGAAACAGGGAGUGACUUAUCCAAAUUAACUUCUAAAAUCACAUCUUCUACAAUUCAAAAAAUCGAAUCAUUGAGGGGCCGUUCUACCCAGGGAUCUACGUCCAGCCUUAAUUCUAUCCAGUCCUCGGAAGGAUUCAGGGAUGAAGCACCUGUGGAACCUGAGGAAUUCAGAAAGAGGUUUUCAAAGAUAGAGUCAGACUUUGCAAGAAAAAUUGAACAUAAAGACAAAGAGUGGCGUGAAAUAGUUAGAGACAAGGAUAAACGAAUCAAUGCUUUGGAAAUAGAAAAAGAUGAGACUUGGAGACAUAAUGAAGCCUUGAAAGAGUCUCUGAAAAAUGCUGAAGAAUUCAAUUCAAAAAUCUUAGAACAUAAAGAAAACAACCAGCAAAUAGGAAAUUUGCAAAGCCAAGAAUUAUUAAAAGUUAAGCAACUAGUUUUAUUGAGAGACCAAGAAAUUGCCACCAAAACAAGUGCCCUAAAAGAUGCCAAUUUACAAUUAGAAAAACUAAGAAAUGAAGUUUCUAGGCUUAGAAGACAGGAGGAACUUCUGAGUGAUGUACAGGACGACCUCGACUCGCUACGGCACUCCAGCUCCAGGGAUCUCGCGCGCCUGGCCGCCGAACUGGCCAGGAGCCAGCAGGAGCAGCGCCACCUAUCGGAUCGUCUGGCCAUCUUCAGACAGAGCGAGUCGGAGGUGGGCUUGGGAGAUGCUAGGAUAGUAGCCGAGAGGCGGUUGCUGGAACAGCGACUGGAGGAGGCGCAUCUGCAUCUGACGGACAUCAAGACGUCGUGGAGCGACAAAAUAGCCUCGUUGGAAACGCAGGUUGGUAGACUGAGUAGGCAAGCAGCCGAAGAAGGUUCUGAAAGACGUAGAGCUGUAGAAGAAAAAGAAAAGCUCAUAGAGGACAUAAAACAACUAGAAGCCGAACUAGAUUGUUGCAGACUCGAGCUAAUCAAUAAAGAAACGAAAAUUAAACGCUUAUCCCAAGAUGUGAACGAACUGUCAGCUGAACUGAAAGUUUUGAAACAUGACGGGGAAGAAGAAAUAUCAUUCCUACGAGGCGAAUUAGACCAUUCCAGAAACGAAUUGCAAACCAGCAAGAAAAACAUAGAUAAUGUUGAAAAUGAACUUGGAAAAUGUGAAGAAGAGAAUAGUAAACUAAAAAGAUCCAUAGACUCUGAGCAUAUGACAAAUAGUUCCUUAAGGAUAAUGAUCUCAAAAUUAGAGAAAGAAUUAGGGGAAGAAAAAUCGAAUAGUUUGAAUGUUCAAAAAACACUUACAAGGGUAACGUCUGAGAAAAAUACCGCAUUAUUGCGAAAUGCAGAAAUAUCACAGCAGAUGGAGUUGGUGAAGCAGGACAUGAGACGGCAAGAAAUGGAAAUGAAUGAUGUAUUGGCUAAACUAUCUCAUCUUGAAAAGGAGAACCAUAAAUUGAAUCAGAGUGUCAUGGUGGAGAAAAAGUUGAGGAGUAGCAUCAGUGAACUGGAAGAUCAGAUUUCUGAAAAGAACAAGUUGAGGCUGGCCGACAUGAAAAAAACCCUCCAACAGGAGCUGAGAACGCCUGGCAAUCUGAACUACCACAGCGAUCUCCUAGAUAACAGUUCGCCAGCCGUUCUCACUCCCACACAAGUCUCGACCAGAAAUCAGGUGUAUCCGAGUGUAGUGAAAAGAGCCAAUGAUGACGUCAAUUUCGAGUACCUGAAACACGUCAUCCUGAAGUUUUUGACCAGCAGGGAAUACGAGGCCCAGCAUUUGAUCAAGGCGAUUUCAACUCUGUUGAAGUUCACAACGGAGGAGGAGAAACUCAUACAGGACACGUUAGAAUGGAGGAGGUCUUGGUUCGGGAGUAAACCGAAGUAUUCUGUUUCAAAAUCCAGAAAUAGUUAUAGUUGA